AUGGCGGCCAAGGUGGCGGGGUACAUCAAGCUCGCGAUCGAGGCGGGGAAGGCGUCGCCGGCGCCGCCGAUCGGACCGGCGCUCGGCGCGAAGGGCGUGAACAUCAUGAUGUUUUGCAAGGAGUACAACGCGCGCACGCAAGAUCAACCGGGUAUGAUCAUCCCGGUCGAGAUUACCGUUUUCGAGGAUAAGUCCUUCACGUUCAUUUUGAAGACCCCGCCGGCGUCGGUGUUGUUGAAGAAAGCCGCGGGCGUGCCCAAGGGGGCGGGCGAUCCGCAAAAGCAAGUCGUCGGGCGCGUGACCAAGGAGCAACUCGAGGAAAUCGCCAAGAUUAAGAUGCCCGAUUUGAACUGCGUCAAGGUGGAAAGUGCGAUGAAGGUCGUCGCCGGUACCGCGGCGAACAUGGGGAUCAAGAUUGACGGCUGGCCCGAGGUCGACGCCGCGUAA